UUAAAAGAGAAGUGAAUUUUAAUGGAUUGAAAAUUAAUUAAUUAGUAUAGGUAGUAGAUGAAUAGUCACAGAUUGCAUCUUAUUAUAAGUUUUGCUUCGUAAAUUGGCGACCCUUAAUCCAAUGUCAACUUGAUUUGUCAAGAAAAGUCAAAGGAUUUGCUUUAAAAUAUUGAAUUUUUAAUGUAAUUUAUUUAACGAUUUAUACGCAUUAUCAAUUCUAACGAAAUGUUAAAGGGGAUGGUUAGUUUGGUGACCGGUGGAGCUUCAGGUCUUGGUAAAGCUACUGUGGAUAGACUAGUAAAAAAUGGAGGAAAAGUUGUUAUUCUCGAUAUCCAAGCUACACGAGCUCAGGAGGUGGCUAAAAGACUUGGAGAUAAUGUAAUAGUAUCAGCUGGUUGUAUAACAAAAGAGGAUGAUGUAAGAAAAGCGUUAGAUAUUGUCAGAGAAAAAUUUGGACGUUUGGACACAUUGGUGAACUGUGCAGGACAUACAGAGACACAUCAAGUGUAUAAUUUUCACAAAGACAAAGAAUGUAGUCUUGAAGGUUUUAUUAAGUGUGUAAAUGUGAAUACUGUAGGUACAUUCAAUGUUAUAAGGUUAGCAGCAGGUUUGAUAGGCAAAAAUAAACCCAAUGAUGAUGGACAGAGAGGUGUAAUUAUAAAUACAGCAGCAACAAUAGCAUAUGAAGGAGAUAUCGGCCAAGCUCCUUACGCCGCAUCUAGUGCUGCCAUAAUUGGCAUGACACUGCCAAUUGCCAGGGAUUUAGCUUCACAAGGCAUUAGAGUAAUGACAAUAGCUCCAGGUAUCUUUGAGACUCCUUUAAUAUCGUACAUACCAGAAAAAAUGACCGAUUUCCUUAAACGCAUGUCUCCAUUUCCAACGAGGUUCGGUAAACCUGAAGAGUUUGCGCACCUCGUCACAAGCAUCGUGGAGAACCCAAUGCUGAAUGGUGAGGUGAUCCGAUUAGAUGGAGCACAAAGAUGGUUUCCGCUUUAGUUAAAUAGAUGUAGCUUUAGAUCAUAUUAAGACUGUUAAUAAAUGUAUAAAUGAUUAGUAAA